AGGCAGGCAGCAGUAGCCCGGGACUGUGGCAGGUUCCUUCCAGAGAGACGCUCAUUGAUGAGAGGAGACUCCUCAUGUCGCGGAGCGUCUUUUCCACACUCCGCGUCCCAAAGCGUGCGUGGGACUAACUUUUCUCCCCUCGGAAAGGAACUUCACCUCCUUCUUGGCUGCCUUUUUUUCUCCCCGCAGGCAUGUGAGAGGAGCCACACCUGGGACUUUCAUCCUGGUGUUUGAGUCAUGGACGCCAUGAAGACGGACGGCAGUGCGUGAUCGAGCAGACGGCACAAUGAACUCCCUCCUGACCCCGCUGCUCCUCCUGCCCUUGGUCCUGUCGUCCUCCCUGCCGCGUCCUCCGGUCCCGCACGUCCCCACGUUGCUCCCCCACCGGCCGACGCCUCUGGGCCGCUCCCGCUUCAGCGCCCGCGCUCGCCUGGACUUGACCACCCGCUGCAACGCCAGCUGCUUCCACGACGGGCGGCGGGCGGCGGACCAGCUGGACUUCGAGACGCUCUAUUGGGACGGCUCGCGUACGCUCACCGCCGUGGACGUGAGGGGCGAGGGUGAGGGCGAGGACCACGCCAGGCCCCGGCGCAGGCGAGUGAGGCGUCAGAUCUACGGCGCCGACGGCCGCUUCAACAUCCAAGGAGACAACUUCCUCUUGGAUUACCCUUUCUCCGCAGCCGUGCGGAUCUCCACCGGCUGCACCGGCGUCCUGGUGUCGCGCUGGCACGUCCUGACCGCCGCCCACUGCGUGCACGACGGCAAGGAUUACGUCAAAGGGGCGCGCAAGCUCCGAGUGGGCUUCCUCAUCCCGCCGUCCAUCAACGGCACCCGAGCGGACCCCGCGUUAAAGAAGAAGCCUCUGGUGCGUUGGGUGCGGGUGAGGCGCACUCGUGUGCCCAAAGGUUGGAUUCAGGGCCCUCAGGACGUCAGCAUGGACUUUGACUACGCCCUGCUGGAGCUGCGCUCGCCCCACCGCCGACCCUUCAUGCGCCUGGCGGUGGCGCCCUCCUUGGACGACCUGGCGGGCCGACGCAUCCACUUCUCGGGCUUUGACAGCGACAGGCCGGGGGAACUGGUCUACAGGUUCUGCCCCGUGGAGCAGGAGUCCAGUGACUUGAUCUACCAGCACUGCGACGCCAGGCCCGGAGCCAGCGGCUCGGGGGUGUACGGGCGGGUGUGGGACAACUCUUUGGAGCGCUGGGAGAGAAAGGUCAUCGGGAUCUUCUCGGGUCACCAGUGGCUGGAGAUCGACGGCGAGAACAAGGACUACAACGUGGCCGUGCGCAUCACGCCGCUCAAGUUCGCUCAGAUCUGCUACUGGGUGCACGGCAACCGUCUGGAUUGCUCCCAAGACUGAAGACCACCGACAUGUUUUUAGUUGUGCCUUUUCAGCCGUUAACCCUUGUGCAACCGGCAGAUCGAUAACUCAGCAAUUUUUUUUGUUUUCACUUUCGCCGCUUCUAUGAGUUUUUAGCAACUUCAGAUCUAUUGAUACAGUUUUUACAAUUUUUAUGGUUUUUGUGCAAUCUUAAUUAAACCUCUAAAGACUUAGUGGCCUCCUGCGUGGACAGCACCUUUUAGCUCUUAGUUCCAAAAUUGUGUAUACUACUGAAUUGGGGUCCUAUGGCCGCUUAUGUGGACGCUUAUACUGCCAUCUGGUGGUGUCAGAAGAGUAUAACAUACAAUAGAAUUUGGAAAAAAAAAAAGUGUAAAAAUAACAAAGCAUGUCACUAAACAUGAAGUACACGUUUGUGUACUGAUGGACUAAGUACAUCAUAUCAAAAGAUGAUUCUUAGUUUUUAUUCUAAUUAGGGUCCAAUAAGCCCAAAUAGCAAGAGAAAUUUUUAAAAAAGCAUGUAAACAAACAACUUGGGCCUUAAGAGGUAAGCAGCAACUUUUUAUUUUUUACUUUCAACACUUGAAAGUUUCUAACAACAAUCUUAUCUAUUUAUUUUUUUUAUAUAACAGAAAAAUGCAAAAUAUGCACUAUUUGAGGUCAAUAACGUUGAUUUUCUUACGGUAUAGACAAAAAAAACAUCGUUUCAGCGGUUUGAUGGCGUUAUUCAGUUACGCUCCUGGUUCUCUGGCACCAUCUGGUGCUUAAGAGGCGCAAUUACAUCACAGCAAUAUUUUCUUGUUUUUCACUUGGCAAGAUUCGGCGGUUUUGAGGGGGAAAUCCUAAUUAAAUACCCGGAUUAGGGUCUGCUAAGUUAUAAUGGGAGUCAGAAAGUGUGUAUACUUUUGUUUAAAUCCUAUUCUAUAAUGUAAAAAUGCAAAAUAUGCACUAUUUGAGGUCAAUAACGUUGAUUUUCUUACGGUAUAGACAAAAAAAACAUCGUUUCAGCGGUUUGAUGGCAUUAUUCAGUUACGCUCCUGGUUCUCUGGCACCAUCUGAUGGUUAAGAGGCGCAAUUACAUCACAGCAAUAUUUUCUUGUUUCAAGAUUCGGCGGUUUUAAGGGGGAAAAUCCUAAUUAAAUACCCGGAUUAGGGUCUGCUAAGUUAUAGUGGGAGUCAGAAAGUGUGUAUACUUUUGUUUAAAGCCUAUUCUAUAAUGUAAAAAUGCAAAAUAUGCACUACUUGAGGUCAAUAACGUUGAUUUUGUUACGGUAUAGACAAAAAAAAAAACAUCGUUUCGGCGGUUUGAUGGCAUUAUUCAGUUACGCUCCUGGUUCUCUGGCACCAUCUGGUGGUUCAGAGGCGCAAUUACAUCACAGCAAUAUUUUCUUGUUUCAAGAUUCGGCGGUUUUAAGGGGGAAAAUCCUAAUUAAAUACCUGGAUUAGGGUCUGCUAAUUUAUCAUGGGAGUCAGAAAGUUUGUAUACUUUAGUUUAACUCCUAUUCUAUUAUCGUCACAAUCAAAAACACGAUGCAGGUUUAAAAUACCACAAUCAUAUCAUAGGAACACAUGUAAUGCUCGUUUUGGGCACUAGGGGUGCACAAGGGUUAAAUCACCGUAUGACAUUUUCUGUUUUUCCCACCGAGGAACAGGUGACCUUGCUUUACUUUUCCAAAAGAGGCUUUACUAAUAUAACAUGUUUUUGCUAGAAAGGUUUAAGGUUAUGCUGGUGUCAGUAUGAGAGUUUAGAGAAUGUUAAAAGUUUAUUUUCGAUAAAUGUGUUGUUAUAUUUUAAUAAAGAGAUCUAUGACAGUGUU